AUAACAAAGAGAAGACAAGAUUUACUGGUAAUAAUUUUUCGUAAUCCUUUAAUUGGUUUUCCACUAGGGGCUUUAAACAAAUGUGUCACCAGCGAUUCCGUUGUGAUACUUUUCUGCUGCCUUGCCCUCAUUAUUCUUUCCUUACUUUGCUCAAUAAUGCAACUCUUUAUUACUCUGAAUAUCAAUCUCAAGUUUAUGAAGAAAUUUCGACAUGGAGGAUCAUUGGAUGUCUGUUGUGUUUUUAUCAAUUGUGUUUGCCUUGGUCUAAUGUACUGGGCCGCGUCUUCGAUCAGUCAAUUUCAAUUUGAUGAGAUUAAGCGUAAUUUACCACGACUCACAUUUACUAAUAUCGAGCAGACGAGAAGCUUUAUUAAAAAUGCCACAAAGACAAUGGAUGCCUUUUCAAUUUCAUUUUCUGGUGGAUUUUACUUUGUUCUCUUGGCUGGUCUUGCCUCUCUGGUUUCAUUUGCUACGCAAACUUGUUCUCGGUCUACUAUCGCCUUGCGGUGCGCAUAUUAG